GUCCCAUGCCGCCCAAGAAGAAGGAAGAAGUCCCGAAGGUCUACCUCGGCCGCCCGACCAACAACGUCAAGAUCGGUAUCGUGGGUCUGCCCAACGUCGGCAAGAGUACCUUCUUCAACACGCUCUCGAAGCUCAACAUCCCGGCCGAGAACUUCCCGUUCUGCACGAUCGAGCCCAACCAGGCCAUCAUUCCGGUGCCGGACCAGCGCUUCAACUGGCUCUGCAGCAAGUACAAGCCGGCGAGCGAAGUGCCCCCGGUGAUCCACGUGACGGAUAUCGCUGGUCUCGUCAAGGGCGCGGCCGAAGGUGCCGGUCUCGGCAACAACUUCCUCUCGCACAUCCAGGCCGUCGAUGCCAUCUACCACAUGGUCCGUGGCUUCGACUCGAAGGACGUGACGCACGUCGAGGGCAACGUCGACCCGGUCCGCGACAUCCAGAUCAUCCAGCAGGAGCUGCGCCUCAAGGACAUUGACCGCGUCGCCAAGCAGGCCGAUGGCAUGAAGAAGAACGUCGAGCGUGGCAUUGGCGGCAAGGAGAAGAAGAUGGAGUACGAGGCGCUCGUCAAGGCCCUCGAGUGGCUCCAGGACGGCAAGGACAUUUCGUUUGGCAACUGGAGCGUCUUUGAAGUCGAUGUGCUCAACCAGCUCCAGCUGCUCACGGCCAAGCCGGUCGUGUUCCUUGUCAACGUCAGCAAGCGCGACUACCUCCGCAAGGGCAACAAGUACCUCCCGCUCAUCGCCGAGUUUGUCGCGUCGCGCGGCGGCAACGAGCCCGUCAUCCCGCUCUCGUGCGAGUUUGAGAUGGAGCUCAUGGACCUCGAGUCGGGUGGGGCGCUCGAAGAGUUCAAAAAGACCAACCCGAACGACAAGACGAUUCUGCCGCGUAUCCUCAAGACGGGCUACCACGCGCUCGGUUUGAUCCACUUUUUCACGGCCGGCAAGGACGAAGUGCGCGGCUGGACGGUCCGCAAGGGUCGCAAGGCGCCCCAGGCCGCCGGUGUCAUCCACACGGACUUUGAGAAGGGCUUCAUCAUGGCCGAAGUCCAGUCGUUCGCGGACCUCAAGGAGCACGGCUCGGAAGAGGCUGUCAAGAAGGCCGGCAAGCUCAAGCAGCAGGGCAAGAACUACGAAGUCGAGGACGGUGACAUCAUCUUCUUCAAAUUUAACAACUAAACGCGACCUGCUCUCCGUCCCUCA